ACCACACAGGCAGCUUGACCUUGGCCAGAGAAUCUUUCACAAUGCCAAACUGGGGUGGAGGCGCGAAAUGUGGAGCCUGUGAAAAGACCGUGUACCACGCAGAAGAAAUCCAGUGCAAUGGUCGGAGUUUCCACAAGACCUGUUUCCACUGCAUGGCCUGCAGGAAGGCUUUGGAUAGCACCACAGUGGCGGCUCACGAAUCAGAGAUCUACUGCAAGGUCUGCUAUGGGCGCAGGUAUGGCCCCAAGGGGAUCGGGUACGGGCAAGGCGCUGGCUGCCUCAGCACGGACACGGGAGAGCACCUCGGCCUGCAGUUCCAACAAUCCCCGAAGCCGGCACGCUCGGCCACCAGCAGCAACCCUUCCAAGUUCUCUGCAAAGUUUGGAGAAUCAGAGAAGUGCCCUCGGUGUGGAAAGUCAGUCUAUGCCGCUGAGAAGGUGAUGGGCGGUGGUAAGUUUGCUAUGCCAAAAACUUUGGCCCCACAGGCAUUGGCUUUGGAGGCCUCACACAUCAAGUGGAAAAGAAGGAGUGAAAUGCUGUGCACGGUUUGCAUCUUCUCACAAGCCCGCCAGCGACAGCAGGGCCGGGAAUGCCCAGGGAUGCAGAGCUUGCUCCGUCUGCAGCUGGACAGCAUGUCUCCUCGGAAGUGA